AUGGUUUUACCUGUUCCUGGGGCAGCUUCCUUGAAGGAUGCUGCAGACCGCAAGAUUGAGACCACACUCAAAUAUCUGUACACAGCUGUGGUGGUGGCCCAGAGAUCCACUAUAGCUUGUGCAUGGAUCUAUAUGGCCAUUGCUAAAUUGACUGUGUCAGUACGCAGGUGCUUGUGGCUACGCCAGUGGACUGCGGACGCGGAUUACAGGAAGGCUGUGGAAAGCCUACCAUUCACAGGUGAAGCCCUCUUUGGAGAUGAACUGGAUACGUGGAUAUCCAAGGCAAUGGCGGACAUCAAAAUGACCUCCAUUCUCUCCUCUUUUAUCAAAACCAUCUUCAGUUACCUGCAACAAAAAGUGUUCCUGCCAACACCUGACGAUGGGGAUUUAGACAGCAAGUACUCUGCUGCUUUGAUGAUGAACAAAGGAGGCUUGGAAGUUUCCAGGAUGACUCAUUUUGGAGUAAUCAAACAAGGACAGAGUAAAUCUCUGCAAAUUUGCAUUGAGAAUAAGGGAAAUAACACCCAUUCAUUGGUAGCUUGCAAAGUUGCAGGUUUGGAAAAAGAAAAUAAAUUCAAGUUUGAAAUGUGUACUUCAGAACUUGAUGUAGAUAAAGACUUAUCACCCUCCUUAAAAUCACCCCAUCCUUCAUUGAAGCCCGAGCAGAUGACACAAUCCUUAUGUAAUGUAACCAGUGAUAAACAAGAUGAAAACGAAAGAGCUCUGCCUUCUAAUUUAAUGACGUCAAAUGUUAGGAAUUACCGCAUGGGUUGUUAUAUGCCUUAUCUAGGAUACUAUUCUAAAUGCUUGAGUGGUUCUGCAGGAAAUUAUUUAUAUAAGAAUACUUUAGAGGGUCCUCUGGGUGUUCAUCCAGUGACAGAUAAUCACCAGACAACAUACAAUGGUCAUUUGACAUCAGGAAAAGUCUCUGCCUACAAUGGAUUCAGUGACUUGAAUGGCAAUCAUGAGAAAACGCUUCAAUCGUCAAAUGCUGGCUUUAGUGAAGCAAUGGUGAUUCCUCCUGGGGAGAAGACCUUUAUUGCAAUCACUUGUGAAGCAAGAAAUCCAGGUCGCUGCAGAGAGCUUGUAUUAUUCUGUUUCCAAGAAUUUAUUAUUGGGCGAUAUAUUGAAGCUACAAUUGAAAGUGAAGAGGAAUACCUGUUGCUGCCGGCUACUGAAUUUACUUCAAAGAGCAACAGAAUUCUUCAGGAGCCAAAGAGUUACAGCAUAGUUCUUUCUGCACCACGUAAAAGGCCAUCAAGAAGACAACUUCCAAGUUUUAUUCCAAUAUAUCCCAUACCAGAAAGACUUCAGAAAUGUGUGGAGCAAAAUAUGAAUGUACUGGCAAUAGAGCCUUGUCUGGGAGAAAUCCUUACAUUGUCAAAUUAUCGCAAGAAAAUGUCAACUCUACUUUGGCUUGAGGAUAUCCACAAUGAGAUAGAAAUGAAAGAAUUAGGUCUAAGUGGGGUUUGCCUGCAAAAGCGUGGUGGGUUUCUACUGUUGCAGGUACCUGGUAUCAUAGAGGGAAGACCAUCCCUAUUCCCAGGAGACAAAGUUUUGCUGAAGUAUCAAGCAUACACCACUAUGGUGGUAGAAUUUGCUGUCACAGUUGUUGAAAUACACGAUGAAGAAGUCACACUACGUGUUAACUCAGACUUGGAGCAGUCCUACAACUUCGAACCAAUGGAAGUGGAAUUUACAGUUAACAGAGUCACCAGCAGGAGGUGUCAGUUUGCUGUGGAACAAGGAGAACAUCUUGGACAAGCAGUGUUGUUCCCAGAAACUGUGAUAUUACAAUCUCCACAAGUCCUCACAACUGAGCUCAACAAACAGACUCUCACCCAGCAGGAAAAUCAGCAGGGUGAAGAAGAGUACAGAUCCCACACCCGCAAGAAGAAUUCUGUGUCCAUAAGUGACAUGGUGACGGUGGCGACACAGACUAGCAGACAAGGUAAGCGAUCCCCAGUGAAGAAAAAAAGCCAGUUCUUCAACCCAGUGUUGAAUGAUCACCAGAAGCUGGCUGUGAGAAGGAUACUGAGUGGAGAGUGCCGUCCUACUCCAUAUAUUCUGUUUGGGCCUCCAGGGACUGGAAAAACUGUCACUGUCAUUGAAGCUAUUUUGCAGAUUUACUAUGCAUUGCCAGAUAGUCGCAUUUUAGUGUGCGCCCCUUCGAAUAGUGCUUCUGAUCUUGUGUGUCUCCGUCUUCACGAAAAUGGGCAGCUAGAACCUGGAAGCAUGGUGAGGGUGAAUGCUUCAAGCCGUCAAGAAGAGUCAAUAAAUGACUUGGUCAAGCCAUAUUGCAGAGCUGGAGAAGAUAUUCAUAAGGCUUCUCGUUUUCGAGUUAUAAUUUCCACUUGCAGUAGUGCUGGGAUGUUCUAUCAGAUUGGUUUAAGAGUCGGGCACUUUACUCACAUAUUCAUUGAUGAAGCUGGACAAGCCAGUGAACCAGAGUGUCUCAUACCUCUGGGCCUAGUAUCUGAAGUGACCGGACAGAUCAUUCUUGCAGGAGAUCCCAUGCAACUUGGACCAGUGAUAAAGUCUAGAAUUGCUUUGGCAUAUGGGCUUAAUAUAUCACUGCUGGAGCGACUAAUGGCUCUGCCAAUUUAUUUAAGAGAUGAAGAAACCUAUGGGGCCUGUGGGAACUAUAAUCCAUUGUUGAUCACAAAGCUUAGGAAGAACUAUAGGUCACACGUUGCCUUGCUUCAGCUCCCAUCCAAGCUGUUCUACCACAAAGAACUGGAAGUCUGUGCAGAUCCAACAGUUGUGAAUCGUCUCUUGAGAUGGGACAAGCUGCCCAAGAAAGGAUUCCCAUUAAUUUUCCAUGGGGUCAGGGGAACAGAAAUGCGUGAGGGAAGCAACCCAUCCUGGUUCAAUCCAUCUGAAGCUGUACAGGUCAUGAGAUACUGCUGUAUCCUUGCUAAACAUGUCACUACAUCUGUGUCUGCCAAAGACAUUGGAGUGAUUACACCAUAUCGAAAACAGGGGGAGAAAAUAAGAACUCUGCUGCGGACUGUUGACCUAAUGGAUAUCAAAGUGGGAUCAGUGGAAGAAUUUCAGGGACAAGAAUUCUUGGUAAUCAUUAUUUCAAUGGUACGAUCAUGUGAAGAAACUCUUUAUGGUGAUACAAGAAAUUUGCUAGGAUUCCUUUCCAAUCCAAAACGAUUCAAUGUUGCCACAACUCGGCCAAAAGCCCUACUAAUCGUGCUUGGAAAUCCACAUAUCCUUGUGAAGGAUCCCUGUGCAUGUGCAUUGCUUGAAUACAGCAUAAUAAAUGGAGCAUACACUGGGUGUAAUCUACCUCCUGGUCUUGAAUCUCUUCAGCAGUGUGAUUAAUCCUACAGCUCGUACCUUCUUACAGCCAGGCCGGAGACACCUAAUCUGGAACAUCAGCAGCAUUGGUUCUGAUAUAAAGAGAAGCAGAGAGAAAAAUAAUAGCUUGUGAAGAUGUGUCUGACGAGAUCCUAGUGUUCUCCUCAUUUGUUUUUGAAAAUGAUCUUUAUAUUUUAGGUCAUCAUUGCAUCCACCGAAAAAAGCAAUCAGGGAACUGUAAAUAAUAAAAAAAUAAAUAGCAGCUUUGUGAGCUUAUUUGCACUGCCUAUCUGGAUGGUUGGAAUCACAGUUCAGGAAUGAUGCUAGUGCUGAGAUCCGUUUCUCUAGCUUUAGCAGUCCUUUUCUAUUACAUGAGGCUCUCUAUCGCCUCUUGUGGGUCAUUAUUAUUUGCUUUGUUUUUUCUUUAGCAGUCGAAGAUGAC